GCUCAAUUCCUUUGAUCCGCCCGCCUACUGAACGGCGCCGGCGGCGAUGGGUAGCGGAACCUCAUAGUACGAAUCACUUCUUCCAAUCUCUUACAUGGCCCGGCCGACAACGGACAGUUGGCCGGCGAUGGCCCGCCGCACCACUCCCAUAUGUAGGGAGAGAGAGUUGAGUUAUGAUGCGGCGGCCGAAAUGUGCUGGCCGUCAAUCGGUUGGAAACCGCAAAUUGGCAAUUUUACACGGCGGGAAAAUGAGGAUUGGAGUCGCAUGUUUUCAAUGGCCGAGAUUAGCUAGGGUUUUUGUGUUCUUCUUGUUGAAGUCGAGAAGGUCCGCUGAAUGGAAUGCUAAAUUUGGGAUUAGCUGCACACAUAGAGCCCACCAAUUGAUUUGAUGUGAAGCUUAUCUAGUUUUCUCACCUUGAACACGUUGCUCGCUUUCUUGAUUCUUCAUCAUGGCAUUCUAGAGAAGUAGAAGAAGGAGAGACGUCUGGAUUCCUCAUCAUCUCUAGCCAGGUGUGUCUCUCAGAUGUGAUCAUAACCGUUUAAUAUUUCUGUAUUUAGAUGAAUGAAACUGCUGCCAUAGGUUGUUGUUUACUAGGUUCUUGGAUCCUCUUGACUGACUUAUUGUCAUUCAUGAAAUUGGUUUCUUGAGGGGUGAAGAGUGUUUCCAUGUUAGUCUGCUAGCACAUUUUUUUUGGAGGUGCUAACUUUUGAAGUGAGCAACUCUGGCAGUAGAGACACUGAUCUGAUUCUUGCGCUAGUGUAUAGGCAUAAACAUUAUGUUAAACUUGCUCGUGUAAAGUAACCGAUGUUUCUCUGUACUUCCAUAAUCGCACAAGUCAAUGUAUGUCCAUGCCCCUGAUUUAGGAUUGAGGAGGAUCUUAACCUUUUUGGUUUUCUUCUGCCUUUUUGCAUAUGAAGCUAUACCCAACUCCGGUUAGAUCGAGUGGGUUUGGAAUCGCAAGCUCCAUAGGAAGGAUUGAGGGGAUGAUAUUCCCUUCUGUGGCAGUAAAGUUGAUGGAAGGAUGCCCUCAAUGUGAAGCGCUUUUGCUGUUUGUUGGUUUGGUUUCGGUAGGACUAGUUGCGAUGUUGUUGAUUCGAAGGGCUGUGAAUUGACAGAGAGCAUAGCAAGUACAAAACAUGACAAGCUUCACGAAGAACGCCUGAAUCGAUCUACAAGCUCAGAUUCCUUUCCGCAGCAGUGAACAAAAUUUCAGGCAGGGCAUCACUGUGAUUCCACCUUGUUUCCCCCUGUUUUUGUGGAUAAUUCAGUCUCUAGUUUCUAGAAUUCAUUGCUGUUAUGUGUUUCAGUUUGAGACAGUAGUUAUUAGCUUGUCAGAACUCAGAUGCAAAGAAGGUGCAGUCAGUUUGCUUCUUCCGUCUUUAGAAUCAAUCAAGUUUUGUCUGGAGAGCUCUUCCUACUCCCAAACAGACUUGCAAAGUGGUAUCCAGUAGUUAUGAUGGCAGCUUCCAUAAUUUGAGGAAUGAUUGGUUCUGUGGUAUUAUUGUGGCAGACCCCUACUCAUGUGCUCCACUUAGAAGAGAUGAUACGUGAAGAGUAAGGGCUGCACUAAUUUUCCAGAUGCUACUUUCUUUUCAUUAUCUGAUUGCUGUUUGUUUGUCCAAGUUGACAGGAUGUCUGUUUCCACUGCUCUGUGCUUAGUGAAGUACAAUUUGUGGCUGGCUGGCCAUGCCACAGUCAACAAUGGCGUUUAGCAUCAAGUCUCCAGAGUCUAAAGUAAGAAAGUGGAGUUAGUGAGUUGGUGUACUCAAAUUCAAAAAGCUUCUUUAUGAGCUUUCUUAUAGUUUUGUCUCACAACCACGGAAUGUAGUGUGGUGAUUGCUUGCCUCGUCCAUUAAUUGUAUAGCCAGAGGUUUCACAGUAAUAAAGUUCACUUCGUGGUGAGCCUUUAUUGUCAGAGGUGGUAGGGCAGUGGAGGACAAGAAAUGUUGCCACCAAGUCACCAACUCACACUUUACCAGGGUGGUGAAAGAGCUUGGGUCGCAUAGCACGGUUUUGAUUCCCAUCCCCUCCCCUGUAUCAUCAUCGUCAUCACAUUCACACGGUUAGCCCACUUCUCCUGCAUCUUCUAUUUCACUCAGACUUUCAAUUUAUUUACUUUUAUCUUCUUGUUCUUCGUAUUACUGACCGAGUGAGUGAGGAACCCAAACUUUGACUGACAAUGACUUUCUUUGUCAGUAUCUCGAUGUACAUUUCCUUUUUUCUAGGAAUCUAAGGGAGUUCAUGAUGAUGAUGCGUUAUUAAAGAAAUUAACCAGUCACCAUUCUUCAGUUUAUGAUUGCAUUAUUGCACUUGGAAUAUUUAUCGUAGUUGGAGGAGGGUGGAAGUUGGGGGGUCGUCAACUGUGGCGGCCGACUUCUUUCUUUCUUUCUUUCUCGCUGUGUGCUGAUUGCUAGUUUGGACCUACAGUGUUGGUCGUCGAUUAUUGGUGGCAAUGAAUGAUUCUCUUUUUUGACAAAAAUUCCACAUGCUGUGUCUCAACCACGAGGCCCAUUUCUUCAUGCGAGGAUAGAACUAUGGAACGUAAGGAUGGGAAAAAGUUGCAGAGCAGUAUUAUACUACUAUUAUUAUGGUAGUUUGACUAGUUUAAUUGCGUCACCAAUAAUAAUACCCUCCUCUUCAAUUUGUCUUCUUCCACCUCCCAUGAUCCCAUCCAUGUCGAAGAAGAAUAAAAAAGUCAACAAACUGACAAACAACAAUGUUGCUGUCUCCAGUGCCACAAAGACCAAACUCCUCACGCAGCUGGCUGGACCGUUAAAUUGCUGAGGUUUACUUCCCCAAGGGAGGAGCUUUCUUUCAUUGUAGAGUUGCUGGUUCAACUGGAACAGGGCAAAAGAAGAAGAAGAAUAAUAAGAAGGAGAAAGAAGAGAAGAAAAUCCGGCGGAGAUGGCCAAGGUUCGUUUCCCUUUCUCUCUCCAUUUCUAGAAAUUUAUACCCACUUUCUGGUUUCUGUCUCUUUCUAUAUACGCCCUCUCCACUCUUUCUGGGUAUCAUUCAUCCUCACCCAACAAGUUAGGAAAGUCCCGCUGCUGGGCUUUCGUUUCCCAUAAAAGCUCCACCGCAGUUACGGACUUACGGGUUUCCAAUAUUUGUUACAUUUUGAUCCGGAAAUCUGUUUUGUGAGGUUCCCUGUUUUAGAGAGAGAGAGAGAGAGAGAGAGAGUCUUUUUAGUACAGUUGGCCCAGUACGAAGAUAUUUUUAUUGUCUAAGAAAGUGAUUUCCCCCACGGGAUUCUGGGGAAAAAAUAUAAUAUUUUUUGGGAGUGAAUUCUGGGGAAAAAUACAAACACUCCUAUUUGGCUCUCUCCUACAACUUCCUUCGUUGAGUUCAUUCCCUCCCUCCUCCUAGUUUCCUACAAUUUCCUCCAUCCCACAUAUAUAAAUAUGGUAGAGCAAGCGCCUUUUACUUCCCCCUCUGCCAUUUCUCAUCCUCGUUACACACUGAUGGCUGACCAAACGGCAGGAGGUUACAGUGUGGAUGGAGCGAUCAUGUCAAUGGGGUUUGGACUCUUCCAAACCCUAAUGUGCUUUUAUGCUGGGAUGGGAUGGGUUUCAGAGGCAAUGGAGAUGAUGAUUCUGUCGUUCAUUGGCCCAGCUGUGAAGUCCGAGUGGAAUCUCAGCCCUGAUCAGGAGACUGUUCUAACCGUUGUGGUUUUCGCCGGGAUGCUUGUUGGUUCCUAUCUCUGGGGUUUCCUCUCUGACAAAUUUGGAAGAAGGAAUGGGUUUCUGUUCACAGCAAUAGUGACCUCUCUAGCCGGGCUCUUCAGCGCACUUGCUUGGAACUAUUAUGUGCUGUUAGUUGCUCGUUGCGUUGUUGGUAUGGGGUUGGGAGGUGUGCCGGUGGUCUUCACCUGGUUCUUGGAGUUCAUACCAGCACCAAACAGAGGGCAAUGGAUGGUUGCUUUCAAUCUGUUCUGGACUCUUGGAGCCAUUCUUGAAGUUGGAUUAGCAUGGAUCGUUAUGCCGAGACUAGGAUGGAAGUGGCUCGUCGGUCUGUCAGCAGCUCCCUCGUUCCUUCUCCUCGUGUUUUACUACUGGACCCCAGAGUCGCCAAGGUACCUAUGCCUCAAGGGCAGGAAAGAUGAAGCUUUUAAGAUCAUGGAGAAAGUGGCGAGAUGCAACAAAAAGAGCCUGCCUCCUGGUGUUCUGCUCACUGACCAUGAAAUUGAGCAACAAGAGCAAGUCCAUUCUGCUGAUUCGGUCCCCCCAGCAUGGGAAGAUUCCAACUUGGGACUCGUCAAGACACUGCGCCUGCUGCUCUCUCGCCAGCUAGCCCGCUCCACUGUGCUAUUAUGGAUCAUAUUCUUUGGGAACGCGUUUUCCUACUAUGGCCUUGUUCUGCUUACCACUCAGCUGAACCGCAGCAAUCUGUGCCAUUCAAGUGUGCCGAAAUCUGGAGGCUCUAGUGCUGGUAUAGAUUACAAGAACGUUUUCAUCGCCACUCUAGCAGAAUGCCCGGGCGCCAUUGCAGCCAUUCUUUUGGUUGAUAGAAUUGGCCGCAAGUAUUCCAUGGCAGGUUUGCUGUUAGUUUGCAGCAUCUUCGUGCUGCCAUUGGUUGCACAUCAGUCUUCUAUGGUUACCACGAUUCUUCUGUUUGGUGCUCGUAUAUGCAUCACCGGUUCUUUCGCAAUCGCCUUUGUCAUGGCUCCAGAGCUAUACCCGACAUCAGUAAGGUCAACCGGGUUUGGAAUCGCGAGCUCCAUGGGAAGGAUCGGUGGCAUAACUGCUCCAUUUGUGGCGGUGAGCUUGACAGAAAGAUGCAGGCAGCGGGAAGCUGUGCUGCUGUUCGUCGGUAUAGUUAUUAUAGCAUUGGUAGCGACGCUGUUGAUCCCUUACGAUACCAAGGGGAUCGAGCUGACGGAGAGCAUAUCCAGCACCAAGAACGAAACACAGGAUUCCGGUGCUGUCAAGCCUCCUCGUCGUCAAGAGGCCUAACAUAGUACUCUACUAGGAUUCGUACUGUUUUAUAGUAUAGUACAGGAGAUGAGUGUUGCCUUUGUUUGGGAGGCAGGAGUAUCAUCUAGAUUAUUAGCAGGAUUUGGUCUGCCAGAGAAAUAAAAGAACUGAAGGAGGCAUGAAGCAAGUUGCAGCAAUGGAGGUCAGAGGUUUGUUAGAUCACACAUGCUGGCUUCUCAACUUCCAAUAGAAAGGGAUCAGGAUUCAGAAAGUCUUCUUCCUCUUCAGUUUCUUCCCAUGUUGAAUUUGGAACCUUGUACUUUAUAUUAUCAGCAGGAGAAACAUGUCGUCCAUGGUUGUCGCUGACAGUCCUGUUUUUAUUAGGCCUGUCAGGGAAUCCCACCCUCCCCGAGGCUGGCUGAAAAUUGGAUUGGUGGCUCAAGUUAUAGUAUUAAUACCAAGUAACUUCUUCAGUUUACUUUGUGUGACAGCUAUGUUCAUGUACACGUUUGAGGUUAACAUAAUUAUGCUUAUGAAUAGUGAUUUAAGUAUGUCAUCCAUGGUUGUGAACUUGUGAUUCUUUUUUCUUGACUGGCUUGGGGGUAGUGGUGUGCAACGAUAUUGGACUGCAUCAAACCAAGCCGACGCUUGGAUCGAAUCAUACUGAAUAUAAUAUAAUGUAAUUCUGGUUUUUGAUCUCAUGAAUUUUAUAAUUUCUGAAGAAAAAUGGAAUGAACUGAUAUUCAGAUGGGAUCCAUGCUUAAAAAAACAAUGUGCAUAAGCACAUUAGAUGCUUAAUAUGUGUUACAUGUAGUUCUCUACUAAAUUGUCAUCUUUUGUUAUGUAAUGGUUGUCAAACCGGUUUCAUGCCGACCGAUUCAACCGGGUUCAACCGGUACCGGUCAGCAAACCGGCUGGAAAGGGGCCGGUAUUUAACUGUGGUCAAAUCCGGUCAAUGCCGGUCAGAUCCGGUCAAAUCCGGAAAUUCUGGCCGGUUAGACCAGAAACCGGAAUUUAAUUUUACACACAUUAUAUCCAAAAAUAAACAUCUUCCAUAGGAUUUGAACCAAAGACCUCUUGUUUAUUUUAGUUUAACUUAUACACCGGUAGGCUACAAGCAAUUUUGUUGUCUAUAUUAACCUUAUAUGUUAUAUAUCUAAUACUAAAUUUUACACAAAUCAUUAUAAACAUUAAUAAAAUUUAUUUAAUAAAAUUUUAUUUUUAAGCAUCUAAUUGUUUAGUAUUUGUUACCAAUUCUUAGCUAUAAAUUAUUUUGUGUGAAAUAAUUCUUCUAAUUGCUUUUUUAUGACUAAUUUAUUUGGAAUUGAGGAUUUCCAUUUUCCUCAUGUAUUUUAUUAAAACCGGCACAACCGGCAUGAAUACUGGUUGUACCACGGUCAGACCAUUCCACUUACAAAACCGGCACACCGGCAUAAACCGGUUUGACAACCUUGUGUAAGAAACACAUUAAUUGGAUAGUUGUGCCUACUAAUAAACCACACACUUAUAUUGAUGUAUAAAUAAGAAGCACUAUUAUUCUCUCUUUUUUAUGUUAUUACUUUUUUCGUUCAUGUUACCCGUCAUUUUUAAUACCCGAUUUAAUCUCCCUUUUCAUUUUCUUGAUGUUUUUAUUAAGUAGAAACAAACUGGAUUUGGGUAUGAUCCGGACUAUUAAUGACUUUUUCUUUUUAUUCUAACAAGUCUAAUUUACAUAUAUCUUGAAUGAAUAAUUUACAUAUAUCUUGGUUGGUAAUAUCCACACAUUACGGUCUAAAUGAAUGAAUAUUUCGUAU